AUGGCGUUUCUUUGUAGAAUGCUCAUUAUUUUAAUUCUCUUAUUUUUAUCUGUGGAAAUCUACACUGCCCCUGUUAAAUUGACAACAUUCGAAGAACAAAAAGAAACAGCCAAUUUACAAGUAACGAAAAAUACACCUGCAAUAUCUCAUACGGUUAUAAAGAAUGGUCAAGGUGCAGUCUAUGAAUGGCAAAGUGAUACAAUUACUGUGCGUUUAACUGGAGCUCAAACACAAGGACUGUUUACUCUUACUGAAGAUGUAAUGAAACCGACAUUCAAACUUGGCCUUCAUCUCCAUAGAAAACAUGCCGAAACAUUUCAUAUUAUCGAAGGAGAUGUAGAAUUUCGUUUGGGUACGGAAACACAUGUUGCACAAGCUGGAACAACAAUUCAUGUUCCAUCAAAUACACCUCAUGCUGUUCAAGUUAUCAAUGGAAAACAGGCCCGUAUGAUAAUGUUAUAUUCACCAGCUGGCUUUGAAAAUUUUCUCAAGGAAAUGAAAACAUUUACUGAUGAACAGUUUGCUGAUGAAAUAUUUAUGAAAGCAUUCAAUGACAAAUAUGAUAAUAUUCAAUUGGAAUAA